CCUCGUUGAUGGAAGAAAUCAUUCAUUUCCAUUCAUUUUAUCGCACGUAAUUUCGUGAAAAUAACACGGGAGCAAUAUGUGUAGUGGCAAGUUUAUAAUAUUAAAUUUUGUUAAAGACUUUUGGGAUAGCGUGUGCCGGUAGAUAGUGGAUCGUUAAUUUGUUACCGCAAGAUGCUAUUCAAAAUUUUGUCUGUGAUUUAGUAAAUUCGUCAUGACUACAAUGAAGAAUCCAAAUUCAUCGUCUACUAAGUUAGCUGCGCUCCUCAGCCACGUCAAAUACGAGCACCUGGUAGCUGGUAUAUCAGGUGGCGUGACUUCUACAUUGAUUUUGCACCCUUUGGACCUCAUAAAAAUUAGAUUCGCUGUAAACGACGGCAGGACCGCGACAGUGCCGAGAUACGAUGGGCUGGGCAGCGCAUUUGUUACAAUAGUUAAGAAGGAGGGCUUCCGCGGACUGUAUCGGGGUGUGACCCCGAACGUCUGGGGCUCCGGAUCGGCGUGGGGUUUCUAUUUUUUAUUCUACAACGCAAUAAAGACAUGGAUACAAGGCGGGAACGCGCGGACUCCCCUCGGUCCUGGCCUCCACAUGCUAGCGGCGGCCGAAGCCGGUGUUCUCUCGCUGCUGAUGACCAACCCCAUCUGGGUCGUGAAGACCCGCCUCUGUCUCCAGUACAGCGAGGAGCACUUGACGGAUAAUAAGCGGUAUAAGGGCAUGGUGGACGGCCUGACCAAGAUCUACAGGACUGAGGGCAUUAGAGGACUUUAUAGGGGUUUCGUGCCAGGCAUGUUUGGGGUGUCCCACGGCGCUCUGCAGUUCAUGACAUACGAGGAGAUGAAGAAUCGCUACAACCAGUACAGGAAUCUGCCCAUUGAUAUCAAAUUGACAUCAAUGGAGUACCUAACCUUCGCGGCGAUUUCCAAACUGAUCGCCGCUGGCGCCACCUAUCCAUACCAAGUGGUGCGCGCGCGUCUACAAGACCAACACCGUAGCUACAAUGGCGCCUGGCAUUGCGUGACCGAGACUUGGAGACACGAGCGUAUCGGGGGCUUCUAUAAGGGACUCAAGCCGAGUCUCGUGCGAGUGGUCCCCGCUACCAUGAUCACGUUCCUGACCUACGAGAACGUGUCGCAUUACCUUCUGCAGCGGAAUCGGAACAUCGCGUUGUCUUCCUAGUACGAGGGAGAAGUGAUGACACGGACGUGGAAAGAUGGCUAAAGGUUCGACCAAAUCAACGCGUGCAGCCGGCGUGCACGAUGGCAAUGGCGAUCAGACUUAUACGCAUUGAUCGCCAUCGCGCGCGCAGGCUGAUCGCGUUGAUUUGGUUGAACCUUUAGGCGGGUUUUAGAACCACGCUGACCGCUCACUGAUCGUCGGCGCUGACAGAUCAAUAUGUAUGUGUAUGUAAUAAGAAAACGUUCCUGAGUGAUGCUGAUCGCUUGGCGCCGACGCUUCAUACAUUUUGGCUGUCAGUGCUGACGGUCAGCGUGCAUCAGCGCGAUUCUAAAACAAUCAAAUUUUAGACAUUGUGAAAGUGUUAGGCCUUAAUCCUGUAUUCUGCGACGACGCUCAAAUAUGAAUCUACAGGAAUGUCGAAACUUCGAAAGUGCAUUACAGAACAACGAUCAAAACUCGAUUCAAGUUCAAGCAUACAUGGUUGAAUUUCAAUAAGCAUUUAGACCAAUAUAAUAUGACAGAGAUUAAAUCGAGUUUUGAGAUUCAGGCUCAUAUUCUGAGAUUCGUACUUGAGUGCCAUACUUAUCAUAUCCUUAGGAGUUCUCUUUUCCUGAUGACUACCUGGAUUGUUGACAAGUAUCGUCAAACUGAUACACACUGUUUUAUGCUUAUGAAGCAUAGAUUCGCAAAUAGACAGGCAUAGUGCAUAACUGAGCGUAGGUUCCUGUGGUAGUUGAUGUGUUUUUGUCAUAUCAAAUUUUAGCGAGGUUUCAGCUUAUUUUAGAUGUUGGUCAUUUUUCCCGCUUCAUUAUCACAGGUACCUACUUUAGGUCAUAUGGCUAUAUUACAACAACAAACAAGAACAGUAUUUUCGUGGACGAACAAUACACCUUUGGGCCCUCGCCUACGGUGAUUUUUUGUAGCGAUGCAGUCGCGCUGCUGUAGCGCGAUAGUAGCGCGUUGGCAUCACUUCUGUACCUCUAGCAUGAAAACUUUCGUCUUCGAAUCGUUUGCGUUUUCGACAAAAUUCGAUACUCAACCUUCGAAUUAAACGAUAACAUGACAUUUUUGUUCUCAAAAUAAGUUUCGUGCAACCAUUUCUCAUACUAAGUUUACGACACGUUCACAAGGGCGCUGUUGUAGUUUUCGUACUAAAUCUUUUGAUGACGAUUCGAAUACGCAAACGAUUCGAACGAAAGUUUUUCGUGCUAGCCGUACUGUAGUGCGUUGCAAAUGCAAUUAACGUGCUAUAGUAGCGAUGCUGUCGCGCGUUUCGUAAAAGUCGCCGAGGGCGAGGGCCCUUUCAUGCUAGACCUCAGUUAUGUUACCCACCCAGUGAUUUAGAGUUGGACAGGCUGUGUUUUAGUUCCUUUAAAUAUAACUGUAGUUUUACGUUUGCGGGAAACUGGUAUACGCUGCGGUGUUACAUGGAUUGAGAUUUCAUUUUACAACCCGGUUGAGUUAAAUCGCUCCUGGCAGCCGUGACGUCACAUCGACGCUCUGUACCUCUAGCAUGAACAACUUUUGUCUUCGAAUCGUUUGCGUAUUUCGACAAAAUUCGAUACUCAACCUUCGAAUUGAACGAUAACGUGACAAUUUUGAUUCUUAAAACCAUUUCUCAUACUAAGUUCACUUUCGUGCAACCAUUUCUUAUACUAAGUUCACUUUACGACAUGUUCACAAGGGCGCUGUUGUAGUUUUCAUACUAAAUCUUUUGAUGGCGAUUCGGAUACGCAAGCGAUUCGAACUCGAAAGUUUUUCGUGCUAGCCGUACCUAUUGAUACGGACGGGCCGAACGCGGGGAGGUGCGAGGAACAGUGUCAGUCCAGCGUGGUGCGCAGUUAACCGAUCGAGUUGUAUGUGACAUUUUGCACCAUUGAGUAUUGAAGACUACGUCUAUUGCUGUUAUUUACCCAAACCUUCAAUGUAGAGAUUAGAAAAUAGUCUAUACCUACGUACUUAUAGUUAAGUACUAAAACUUUUAACAUUAUUACAAAUUGUAUUAUACAAUUUUAAUUAAGUUAAUUAUAUUUACAUGUUUUUUUCUUAUAGAAUAAGCUAAUUUUAAUUUGAUUGUUAAAUGUCAGGAUGUUAUUGGCUGUGUUGUGUGAUAACCUGGUGAUAAUGUCGUAGACAUACAAAAAUACCUUAUUGUUAAAAAAGGUAACACUUACUUGUAGGCACGUUUUAUCACAAUUUGACUUAGUAUAAUUUAUGUUUUACUUAUCUUUGGUAUUGAUGUAAUAAUAAAUUGUAGACGAGCAACUUUUUCAGCAAUAUUGCUUCAAAUGUCAGCAUUUUAAGGUAAACGCAUCACAAGGACAUGAAAAAUGUUGCUGGUUAAUGUAAUUAAAUCUAAAUUAAUUGGCCAUCGUCGCUUUUAAUGCUAUUGAAUGUUUCUGUAACAAUGUGUUAAACACGCUCUUCUCUUGUAAAUAGCGAAAGACGCGUCAUUUCAACAAAUCACUAGCUCUGAUUAAUAAAACAAGUAACAGCGCGUUUAUUUGUAUAAUAUUAAAGUAAUACUGUUUCUAUAAUGUCCAGUGAAGUUGCAUAUUGCUAAUUAUAACUCUUAAGGGUAUCUUAAGGGAAUCGAACCCAAGACCUUUCGCUUACCGGGCGACUGCUAAGUAGUUCAGUUGGAAGAACAUUCGCUGUACUUAGACACUGGUCUAAGGGCUUAUUCCACUAUUCCCCAUUGACAAUCCGCGUCAACGGGGAUUAUUAGUGAACAUUUUGUUCACUAUUCCCCGUUAACGCCAAUUGGAGCUUAUAAUGUUAAAAAUAAAAUCCUGUAAUAACGGGGAAUAGUGAACAAAAAGUUCACUAAUCCCCGUUGACGGGAAUUGUCAAGGGGAAUAGUGGAAUAAGCCGGUCUAAGUAGCUCAGUUGGAAGAGCAGUCGCCCGGCAAGCGAAAGGUCGUGGGUUCGAUUACCGCCUUAGGCAGUUCGAUUUUUAUCAAGUUGCUUAUCACUUGUUAAAACUAAAGUGACGAUGUGCUAAAACCAAAGUUGUGUAUGUAGUUAGUAGCUAUGUAAUUCUUGCGGGUUCUUGUUGUUAAUAAAGGUACAAAGCAA